GACCGUACUAUAAUAUUGGAGUAUAAUGGCUCGUACUAAGCAGACUGCUCGUAAGUCCACUGGUGGUAAAGCGCCCCGAAAGCAAUUGGCGACAAAGGCUGCGCGUAAGAGUGCACCUGCAACUGGGGGAGUGAAGAAACCACAUCGUUAUCGUCCCGGAACUGUUGCUCUUCGUGAAAUUCGAAGAUACCAAAAGAGUACUGAGCUUUUGAUCCGUAAAUUGCCUUUCCAACGGCUUGUUCGUGAAAUUGCACAGGACUUUAAAACUGACCUGCGUUUUCAAAGUUCAGCAGUUAUGGCGCUUCAAGAAGCAAGCGAGGCCUACCUAGUUGGGCUCUUUGAAGACACGAAUCUUUGUGCUAUUCACGCUAAGAGAGUUACUAUUAUGCCAAAAGAUAUCCAAUUAGCGCGCAGAAUUCGUGGAGAACGGGCUUAAAUAUCUUUUUGGCAGCAAAAAUAAAAACGGUCCUUUUCAGGGCCAACAA